AUGCUGAGAUGGAUCGCCCGUGGAGACCUGCUGCACCGCACCGUACCGUCCUUGCCGUCCUCGAACCAAGACACGGACCCCGACUGGCUGCUCCAUGCUGCUCCAUGCCAGCCCGGCAACGUCCCUUUGGAGCUUAGACCAGUGGCUAGACUUGCCGAGCUAUCCAUGGACGCCUGUCUGAGGCGGCAGGCCAAGCCUCUUCAUCAGGGAGCAGUGAAAAUAAGCUUAGGGGAAAUUCUUAUGACCUUAUUAUGCCACCUGGCACGACGCUGCCAUUCAGCCGCCAGCCAUCCAUUUGGCAUUACGUCGUUCGGGGGGGUCGGCGUGAGGGUGGUGGUGGUGGUGGUGGUCGUCGUCGUCGCAGCGCACCCACGCCGUGGAUACAACGCGGACGGAGCAGGUCGCCGCCGCCGCCCACGCCGGUUUGCGCGUCGCAGGCGUUGCGUUGGCUGGCGCUCUGUGCUUGCUUUGGAGGAUGAAGCUGCAUCGUGGUCUGGCUGGAACUGUACAGUACCUCGUCGUGAGGGAGGAACUGCAAGUAUCGCCGCGCGGGCAGCCCAGGCAGGCAACAGUGCCAUGGGCCCCGAGGGCAGGCGGCGGUGGGCAGCCCAGGAUCCUGCCAAUUCUGGAGUCUUGGCUCGGGCAGCCGGCACGCCUUGA